UGUGUUUCGUGUCAUCAGGAAGAAUACAGGGUGUGGUGUGUUUGUGCUGAACGCCGCCAUGAAAGUGAGUAACACAGGCAGACAUUUUACUUCCUGAAAGCAACGAGAACGUUGUUUUAUCUGGUUGUGCAUCCAUCAAAGUAAAACUGUGAGAAACUUACAACUGGCCUACAAGGUUUCUAAUUUUUUUUACUUUGCUGGCUGCACAAGUAGAUAAUCAGGUCAGGAUGAAGUUCAUAACUAUGCCAUUGAACAUAAAAAAUGAAUGUGACAAAGUUAAAAAUGAAUUCGCUGGGAUCUACACACAAGGUGGUUGCGUAGAUCUUGACAAAGUUGCCAAUGUUGUACAAAGGUACAGCGGUACAAAAAUUCUCCUAAAAAAGCCAAAGAGUUACAGUGUUCGAGUGUGUGGUCAGGAUGACACGGUCUAUGGUGGAAAUGAGGAACAGCUAGAAGCCUGGAAAGAUUUCUACCUACCAGAGAGAAUGGAAAUGGUGGUAAUUGGUGCGAUUGAUGAUUUCCCAUGUGAUGCGUUUGGCCUGCAGUUAGUUCUCUUGUUGUGUGAAGACGGAAACAUCUAUGCUUAUGAAGAUGAAGUUCUCCACCUCGUAGCCAGAAAUGUAAACGAACUGUUUGAAACUGGCCUUACCUUUCCUGGACUAGAAUGCUACAGACUGGGGGAAUGUUUCGAGGACUAUACAGAAGAAAAAUACACUGAAAUCAUGGAAUCUGAUGAAAUGAAGAAAAUGAAACAGGAGCACCACAAUUUCCGCGAAUCGUUAGAGCUUGAACUACUAGAACUCCUUGAGGACUCUCAAAGCACUGAAUUUAAGGUGAUGCUCAAUGCAAGGUGAGGAGAAAAACACGGUCCAGCAAAGGAAGAAUUCAGACAGAAAAAAAGAGUGUUGGGAGCUGGUUGUUCGCAAAGAUAUGCAAAUCGUUCCCAUAUACAGUACAAGAACUCAUUAAUGGUGAAAUAUAGAAACUACAUACUGUAUAUGUAGGUACAGUAAUGUCAGAGAACACAAUUAAUUUAAAACCUAAAGACUAUUCAAUACAACCUGUUAAUUAUUUGUUGUAAAACAAUAAUAAUGGAAAAUGUAAAUUAAUUACAUUUGGCCAUUUAGUAUUCAUUUACUGCAGGUUAGUAUUAAAGUGCAGUGUGUAAGUUGAGUCAUGUCAACUAGACUAGGUUGACCCAACAAGAAAGAAGUCCAGUUGACAUGCCUCAUUUCCAGAAAACCACACCUGGACGACUGAGAAUUUUCAUAGACAAUAGAGUUAAAUACCAUGAAUGAAAUUUUUAAACAGUUCAUACUGAUUUUACUGUUGGAGACUUUUAUGAUUUCUGAACAGUAAUGUUAGGAAAAAACAAAAAGAGUGGUCACUGACUUUUGCACUGUACUGUAUGUAUAUGUAUAAGUACUCAUCUCGACUCUUCAACUUUUCCCUAAUAUUACUCCAUGGAUUUGACCUGCAUGCACUAAAAAACAUUAUGUGAUAAAUACAUCUGUUCUUGGAAGGUUCCAGAGUUUGAUAGAGAAGCAAAGACAUCAUCCAUAUUGUUUUUUGGUGGCUAGUCACCAUCACGGGCAUGUCACAGGCGUUCGUGCAAAAUGUAACAGUAGGCAGCAUCGCCUAUGGCACUGUACAUCAGGCCAAGCUCAUAGCAAAUGAAAUGCGUCUACAGCGACAGCUCAUGCAACAGGCAGAAGUAAGGGCUGCUGAAACAUUGAAGAGUGAGAAGUAGCAGCGAGUUGACUGCAGGUAAUGGUAGCGUGCUGGGAUCAGGGUCAUGAGGUCCGUAGGUAAACCUUAGGUACUGUACGUGGGCGGAGCCAUAGGUAAUCUCUUGUUGAAAAGGGCUAUUAAAACACAUCCAGGACAUAGUUCUGCAAAUGAAUUAAUCAGGGUUUUCUGGUUUAACAAAUAUCCCACCAAUAAAUCCAUUAUCAGUUAAUUUAACUAUUUACUAUAUGUAUGUCUUUUCUUUCCUAGCAAACUCUGGAGCCUACUAUGAGCAUUUUUUUUAUAAGAAGAUCACAAUGACACUUUAAUUGCACAGAAGCAUAAUAAGGUUACCCAGUUCUGUGACUGGUUGAUUUACUUCACACCAAUGUGGGUGAAUUUACACAAGGUUUUUUUUUUUUUUUUUUUUUUCAAAAACUUUGCAAACUCCAUUCACUGUUCAUUUUAUUAGGUACACCGGCAAAUUUGUGCAUUUAUCCAAUCAGCCAAUCAUGUGGCAGUAUUAUUAAAUAAAUAUAUAAAUAAAUAAAUACAUAAGAAAGCAGCUACAGGUCAAGAGUUUUAGGUAAAGUUUAGGCCAAACAUUAGAAUGUGGAUUAAGUGUGAUCUCUGUGACAUUGAUCGUGGCAUGGUUGUUGACCACACAUGGGCUGGUUGAUUCUUUCAGAAACUGCUAAUCUUUGGAUUUUAAACCAAAAGGGGAUUACUUGAGGUGAUAUGUCUUUCCUUGCAACUUUGCCAGAGACGGUUAUGUAUGAAAAUUCAAGAAGAUUUCCAGUUCCUGAAAUACUCAAACCAGUCCAUGGAACACCAACUACCAUGCCACAGUUAAAGGCACAGAAAUCACAGUUGCAAAGAAUUUUUUAAUGUGUAUAUUAACUGAAGCUCUUAUCCUACUGUAGAAACUGGCACAGCUACCUGAGCUGUGUCUCACUGGAUAUAUUUUAUUUGUGUUGUUAUUUGCACUAUAUUUGCUGCUGUUUUAUUGGCUGAUUUGGCAGAGACUUCAUGAAUGAAUGUGUUUUUUAUAAAAUGGUCAGUGAGUUUAUGUACUGUAAUUAAUCAGCUAUAUAACAUUUUUUGUAUAUAAGUGGGUGUGGUACAGUAGGUAAGGGUGAAUGCUAAAAUGUGCAGAAUAUAUAACAAUCUCUGAAAUGCUAUUUUAUGUACAUUUCUGUAUCUAUUAAGUGUAGAUUUUUGUAAUUAUUGUAUGUACUUUAAAGGCUUUGUUUCUACUGUACAAUGAUUCUUACAUUUUUUUAUUUUAUUAAUCUUAUUAGAUGACCCUGUUAACUGUACUGUAUCUAGCAAGCAUGUACAUACUAAUGUCAGGGGAAUUACUUUGAUGUAAAAACAAUAUCAAGUAAUAAACAUGAUAAAAAGCAUAUAGGUACUAUAUUUAAAAAUAAAGGAGACUGACUGAU